AUGAGUUCUGCGGCAAAUAUGGCUGCUGCAGCAUAUUUCAAAAAUGGUGCUUACGCAGCUGCACCACAUAUGUCAAGUGCUGCACUUGGUUUUACCGCUUCUCCAGCACAUAAUUUUUUACCGGGCGGGAUGAGCUAUAUUGGAAAUUCGUUAGCAGAUUGUCAAACAGCUGGAAUAACAGCUUGGAAUGCUAGUCAAGCAGCAAGGUCUAUUAAAAUUGCAACAACUUAUAAGCAAACUUUCAUGAUUGUGAUUACUGUAGAGAAUUUGGUUGGGUUGUUAUUGUCGAACGUAGAUUACUAUGCAUAA